AUGGAUUCAAUUCAUGAUUCAAUAUCAGCGGCGGCCGCUGCAAACGGCAACACGGUGCCGCCGUUUCUCAGCAAAACUUUCGAUGUGGUGGAUGACCCAUCGACCAACUCCGUCGUGUCGUGGAGUAGCAGCAACAACAGCUUCGUUGUCUGGAAAGUGCCGGAGUUUGCGAGGGACCUUUUGCCUAAGUAUUUUAAGCACAAUAAUUUCUCCAGCUUUGUCAGGCAGCUCAAUACUUAUGUGGCUGCAAGAGAUCAAGGAGCAACUCUUUUUAUCUUGCUAAAUUUAGAAUUUCGGAAUGUGAUUUUGCUGAAAGAAUUGACUACUAAUGCUGCUAUGGAGAUUUUGUUGUUGAUUGAUUCAAUGAAUGGAUAUAGCAUGCCUUGA